UCCCCUCUGCUGACCAGCCUGCCUGCCUGCCUGCAAACUCCUCUUCCACGACUAAAACAGCGCAACAAUGUCGACCAAAUCUAGGACAACCACCUCCUACAGCGUGAGGUCCUCUGUUGCCCCGAGGAACUUCAGCAGUCUCUCCUAUUCUGCUCCUGGGGCUGGAGUUUCUCGCAAAAGUAUGUCCAUGAGCUACUCCAGUGGUGGCGGGAGAGGCUUUGGGGCAGGCAGCAUGAGUGGGGGUGGUGGAUACAUCUCCAGCUCCUCUGUCUAUGGCCUGGGCUCUGCCAUGGGUGGUGGUGGUGGCCUGGGCAUGGGCAUGGGUGGUGGUAUGGGUGGUGGUAUGGGUAUGGGGCAGGCCCCUAUCACUGCGGUAACCGUGAACAAGAGCCUCCUGGCACCCCUCAACCUGGAGAUCGACCCCAACAUCCAGGUUGUCCGCACCCAGGAGAAGGAACAGAUCAAGGGCCUUAACAACCGCUUUGCUUCCUUCAUUGACAAGGUGCGCUUCUUGGAACAGCAGAACAAAAUGCUGGAGACCAAAUGGAACCUGCUGCAGGGACAGACCACCACCCGCUCCAACAUCGACGCCAUGUUCGAGGCCUACAUUAGCAACCUGCGCAGACAGCUCGACAGUCUGGGCAAUGACAAGAUGAAACUGGAGGCCGACCUACACAACAUGCAAGGCCUGGUGGAGGACUUCAAGAACAAGUAUGAAGACGAAAUCAACAAGCGCACAGAAUGUGAGAACGACUUUGUCCUCAUCAAAAAGGAUGUUGAUGAGGCCUACAUGAAUAAGGUGGAGCUGGAGGCCAAGCUCGAGAGUCUGACAGAUGAGAUCAACUUCCUCAGGUCCAUCUAUGAGGAGGAACUGCGUGAGCUUCAGAGUCAGAUCAAGGACACCUCCGUCAUUGUGGAGAUGGACAACAGCCGUAACCUGGACAUGGACUCCAUCGUGGCCGAAGUCAGGGCUCAGUAUGAGGACAUCGCUAACCGUACCCGCCAAGAGGCCGAGACAUGGUACAAGAGCAAGGUAAUGUCCAACUACUCUAUUAAUCCAAUUAAAACUUUAUAUUUACCAAGGGUCAUGCCAGGUGGAGUAAUCCUCUGCUUUGGUACAUUUCAGUAUGAGGAGAUGCAGACAUCCGCCACCAGAUACGGAGACGACCUGAGAGCAACCAAAACAGAGAUCGCAGACAUGAACCGUAUGAUCCAGAGACUGACCGCAGAGAUUGACGCUGUGAAGGGACAGCGUGCCAACAUGGAGGCCCAGAUCGCAGAGGCUGAGGAGCGCGGAGAGCUGGCAGUGAAGGAUGCCAAGGCUCGCAUCAGGGACUUGGAAGAGGCCCUGCAGAGAGCCAAGCAGGACAUGGCCCGACAGAUCAGAGAGUACCAGGACCUGAUGAACGUCAAAUUGGCUUUGGACAUUGAGAUCGCCACCUACAGGAAGCUUCUGGAAGGAGAGGAGGACAGGCUGGCAAACGGCAUCAAGGCUAUCAACAUCUCCCAACAGAGCACAAGCUACAGUGGUUUCCCAAUGGAGUCCAUGAAGAGCAGCUACUCCGGCGGCUACUCCUCCGGGUUUUCCAGCGGGGGUUACUCCAGUGGGGGCUAUGGGGCAGGCUACGGCGGCGGCUACGGCGGCGGAUUCAGCAGCGGGAGCGGCAGUGGCUACAGCACACAGAGCAAGAAGAACGUCGUCAUUAAGAUGAUCGAGACCCGUGAUGGCAAAGUGGUUUCCGAGUCCUCCGAGGUUAUCGAAGAUUGAGCGCCCCCCCUAAAGAGUCCCCACAUCGUGUCUGCUUAUUAGUUUUUAUACUUACAAUUCACCCCAGAUGUUGUAAUACCAGCCACUUCCAGUAGAGCUUGUUUUGUUCAUGAAGCAAUAAAUUCUAACACUACCAAAGACCUGAAAGGGACCAAAGAAUUUAUUUUGUAUGUGUGUUGUCUGAGUGUAUUGGGAAAAAAUGGCGUGGAGAAAACUGGGCACAUUGAAAAAAAAAUAAAAAAUCUAUGCAAAUGCCGUUCUUCUCACAUAAAGAACAGUUAAAAUUCAAAAUGGUGCAUUAAAGAGGACAUUGAAGGAAAUGAAUGUAUUUUAGCAGUGGCAGCGUUGGGGUCAGCUAGUCUUAAGCACUUGUUACAGUUAGGUAGUGCAUGUCUUCCCUGAGCGUGUAACUGUAAAACCCCUUAAGGAGGCUGCCCACACCACACAGCUGUCCUGAGGUGCUGUUUUUGCUAUGAUCAUCCAAUAAAAGGUGUUUACUAAAA